AGAAAAACUKGACCUAGCGGCAAUAGGUCCAAAAUCAACUGUUCUCCACUGUAUCUGCACUAGUCAUCGUKCGUUGARCAGUGUUUGUAAUACUUAACUGGAAUAYCUCUGCAAACAAUGGCCACUUGGCUGGUUCUUAUUGCCGCAAUCUUCAUUAAGGAUUGUUUAGCCGUUGGUGAGACAAACCUGGAUAACGUGAAGACAGUUUACAGUAAAUACAAGAAGAGAUCGUAUGGUGAUGGCACCUAUUAUGGAAUAUACCCCGUUGGCAAAGGKGCCUGCACACUGGAUCCUCUGUCUCCACUCGCCAAUCAACCCGGAUGGAUUAGAGUUGCAACUGGUGGACCGAAUUACCAGUCUUCUCUCGGUUGUGGCAUGUGUGUCGAGAUCCACGGUAAAGGAGAUGGACUGGGCCUAGAUCCAAUCAAAGGAACARUCAAGGCAGUAGUUCACGAUCUUUGCGAGGGAUGUCCAAAAGAAGGGUCGAUGGAUUUGUACAYUGAAGGCGAUGGAAGAUGGAAAAUCAGCUUCGUUGCAGUCGACUGUCCAACUGUUCCUGGACAAGCUGGUAACAUCCAGUUUAGAUUCCAAGGGAGCAAUCCAUGGUAUAUUAAACUACAAGUUAGAAAUUCUAAAAUACCAACUGCUGGUUUAGAAGCUGUGAUCGGUGGAAGAUUCCAUUGUCUUAAACGCUCAACUGACAAUUUCUUUGUCGGUAUGGGUCUGGGACGAGUCCAUUUUCCUCUGAGGGUGCGUCUAACAUCUAUCUCAGGCGAGCAAGUGGAAGCAUCCAUUCCCGACCUUAAAAACGACWUUUCUUAUCCCAGUACAGUACAGUAUUCUGGUAUCAACACUGGGGGUGGCCCAUCUGGUAUCAAGUGCUUCGGACAAGGCGACAAAGCACCUUAUCCUUCAGGAGGGAUGGUGCCAGGACCUAUUCCAACCAGCGGAGGAGGCGCUACAAACCCUCCUGUCACUCUUCCUACCCAAGCCCCAACAAUGGCGCCUACACCAGUUCCUCCCACUACUUCAGGUGGAAGCGGAGGAGGAUUCUGCCAAGGAAAGCCCUCUGGAGUCCCAUUGGCUGAUCCCAAUGAUUGCCAUGGAUUUUUUAUUUGCUCCUCAGGCAAGCCAGUUAAAUUCAGCUGCGGUUCGGUAUUGAAAUUUAAUCAAAAAGCCAACGGAUGUGACCAUCCACAAAAUGUCCAGUGCUAGAAUAUGAUAGUAACUUGAUGAUUGUAGUUGAAACAGGGCUGGAAUUCAUGUAGAUCUCAAGAAAUUAAACUGCUGUUUUAUAAGCCACUCGUUUAGACGAAUUUUUUGGAUGGAAUAUGUAAUGAUUUGUGUUGUUGGGAAAAAUAAAGAGAC